AUGUCCAACGAAACAAUUAGCCUAGAAUCAGCAGUAGAGACUGCAGCGCUCACAUUUUUAGAACUCGUAGCGCCUCCUGGUGCUUCUAUUUCAUUACCCAAAAAUGAAGACCCUAAGUCAAUAGAAUUAGGUCAAAAAUUUAAUGAAGCUAUGCCUCUUAUGUCUGAAGGAUUCCUGGCGCAUUGGUUACCGAUAUUAAACCAGGCUGAAGAACAGUUGAAGGAGUUAGAGGAAAAACAAAAACUUCUCAUUGAAGAUUUGAAAAACACAAACACUAAAUUUGAAAAUCAAGAUAAUUAUGAAUAUAUUGCAUUAAGUUUCUCUAAAAUUCCACUUUAUCACUCAAAACUCCAAAACAUUCGAAACGCGAUGUUAUCAAUAUUGUUUCGAUCCAAGAAUCUGAGGCAACGAGCCAAUCAACUUAAAUUGUUCAAGGAACAGCAAUUGACUCAGGUGGCUCAGAUACAGCAGCGUGAAAGAACAUUUGAUCAGACUGUUUUAGCCGCCAGG